AUGGUUCAGGAUACCCAUGGACUUGAUUUGGGGAACAUAAAGAAUAUGCAAGAGAGCCUAUGUUUUCUUGAUAGAGUAUAUCUUCGAAAACAUGAUUCUGUAUUUGAAGGGACACAACCAACCGCAGAAGAUCUUUACGACAGAUUUGGUUGGCUAGAGUGGAGUCUAUCAUCCCAAAGGUUGGUGACGUGCUUAUCAAAUCUGAGUGACCCUCCAGUCAUAGUUCCUGAAAAAAAGCGCAGGGUCAAGGCUUCAGAUACCCAAUUCAAAGAGAAUUGGUUGGCUUCACUCUCUUACCCUUUUCCUGAAAAGACCCUUCUUUUGAAUGGUGAACAUGACCCCACCCAUCAAAAUGACGGGUCGAAAUGGAUCCUUGGAAUUGACCCAGAUGUCUCUGGUGCUGUUGCACUGUUGAAAACACACGGUUCCGUUUGUUCAGCUCAGAACGCUAAUACAAGAGAUCUUAAUUGCCCCGAGUUGGGACACAAUGAAACCUUCCAAGUUGGCACAACUCGACCCCCAAGUUGGGAUACAGAUGCAACAUUCCAAGUAUUUGACUCUCCUCAUGUGAAAAUACUUGUUGGCAAGCAAAAUAGGACCCGAAAGCGCUUAGAUGCCAAGUCUGCUGUUCAGUUGAUUCGCAGUUUUGAUGCUCCAAUUGGAACCACUGCGUAUAUAGAGCAGUCACUCCCUUUUCCACAAGAUGGGAAGCAGGGCUGGUGGAGUGGAGGAUUUGGGUAUGGGCUAUGGAUUGGCAUCUUAGUUUCCUCAGGAUUUUCUGUUAUUCCAGUGCCAUCUUUCACUUGGAAAGCGAAAUUUGAACUCUAUGGAAGCAUGACUUCUAAGGAUGAUAGCAGGAGACUUGCAUCCACAUUAUUUCCAUCACUGACUUCCAUGUUAAGUAGGAAAAAAGAUCAUGGAAGGGCAGAGGCUUUACUAAUUGCAGCAUAUGGCCAAGACCAAACCAAAAGCUUGGAACCUUCUUGUUGUGACUCAAUUGACAAUUUUGAAAUUUGA